AUGUUGAAAUUAGUGUGUUUGUGUUUAGUGCUAGCAACGGUAGUGGCCAGACCCGAGCCACCCGUUAACUCAUAUUUACCUCCCUCCGAUAGCUAUGGAGCACCAGGCAGUGGUGGCGGUGGUUCUGGUAGCAGUGGUUCACCUUUGGCGCCCUCAGAUUCUUAUGGAGCGCCUGGUUUGGGUGGUGGUUCACCCUCCUCGUCAUAUGGUGCUCCUGGUGUAGGUGGUGGUGCGGGCGGCGGUAAUGGUGGAGGUUCGGGUGGUGGUAGACCUUCUUCUACAUAUGGCGCUCCUGGGGCAAAUGGCAAUGGUGGUUCUGGAGGCAGACCUUCUUCUUCAUAUGGAGCUCCUGGUUUUGGCAAUGGCGGCGGUAGCGGAGGCGGCGGUGGUGGUGGCUCUGGAGGCAGACCUUCUUCUUCGUAUGGUGCUCCUGGUGCUAAUGGCAAUGGUGGUGGCUCUGGAGGCAGACCCUCUUCUACUUAUGGAGCUCCCGGUGCUGGUGGCUCUAAUGGCAAUGGCGGUGGCUCUGGAGGCAGACCAUCUUCCACCUAUGGUGCUCCCGGUGCUGGUGGUUCUAAUGGCAAUGGCGGUGGCUCUGGAGGCAGACCCUCUUCCACCUAUGGUGCUCCCGGUGCUGGUGGUUCUAAUGGCAACGGUAAUGGUGGCAGCAGACCUUCUUCUACUUACGGCGCUCCUAAUGGCAAUGGUGGCGGUGCUGGUAAACCUUCUUCGACCUAUGGAGCUCCUGGUUCAGGUUCGGGUUCUGGCUCUGGUUCUGGUCGUCCUUCUGAUAGUUAUGGUCCUCCCGCUUCAGGUUCAGCUGGCCGUAAUGGUGGCGGACGCGGUGGUCAACCCAACCAAGACUAUUUACCUCCCAAUCAAGGCAAUGGCAAUGGUGGUGCUCGCAGCGGCGGUAAUGGUGGCAGUGAUGGUUAUGAUUACAGUCAAAAUGGUAAUGGCGGUCGCGGUGGUGGCAGUGGAGGAAGUGGUGGAAAUGGUGGCUACAAUGGCGAUGAUGGAAGCAAUGAACCUGCUAAAUACGAAUUUAGCUAUCAAGUGGAUGAUGCACCAAGUGGUUUGUCGUUUGGUCAUUCUGAAAUGCGUGAUGGUGAUUUUACCACUGGACAAUAUAAUGUUUUAUUACCCGAUGGCAGAAAGCAAAUUGUUGAAUAUGAAGCUGAUCAAGAAGGUUAUCGUCCCCAGGUGCGUUAUGAAGGUGAUGCCAAUGAAGGAGGACAGGGCGGUGGUGCCGGAGGUGCUGGUGGUGCUGAUGGUUAUGAUUAUCAACAAAAUGGAGGCGGUAGUGGUAGCGGCAGCGGUUCAGGCGGCGGUGGUGGCUAUAGCUCUGGUCAAGAUUUGGGUGCCAAUGGUUAUUCAAGUGGUCGUCCUAAUGGUGGCGGUAAUGGCGGUGGUAAUGGAGGCGGUAAUGGUUAUUCCAAUGGCAAUGGUCGCAAUGGAGGUGGCAGUCAAAGUUUGGGUUCCAAUGGUUAUAGCGGUGGUAGACCCGGAGGUCAAAGAGGCAGUGGCGGCAAUGGCGGUGGUCAAUAUAACAAUGGUCAGGGUUAUUCUAGUGGCCGUCCUAAUGGCAAUGGUAACGGUGGUCGUAAUGGCGGUAAUGGCAAUGGCGGUCGCAAUGGCAAUGGAGGUGGUGGACGCGGUAAUGGUGGCAGCGGCGGUAAUGGUGGUGCCAAUGGCUAUAAUUACGAACAACAAGGCUCUAAUGGCUUUGGAGCAGGUGGACAAAAUGGCGAUAAUGAUGGCAGUGGCUACCGUUAUUAA